AUGCCAUUGCUAGGUAAAGAACACCAUGAAUUGGGUAAAACCAAAGGAAAGCCAAAUAGAGAGUAUUUUAUGAUUAGAUUCACUGGUGAACUCUUUAAGACAUAUCCAGAUUAUAUCGAUUGUUUAGAAUCAUACAGACAAAGAAAAUGGACAUGUUCAAUUACAAAUAAAUCUAAUCUUACCUAUGAGGAAGCGUUGCUCUCUGAGAAGAAAGCAUUUGACAAGGUUGCUAAAUUCUCUGAUGUCCUAUACCCACAUUUCUUAAAGUUAAUUCAAUAUAAGGAAUCAACAUUAGAUGAUCUAAGAGAUUCGAUUUAUGAUUAUUUGAAUGAGCAUUACUUUGUUGGUGAGCAAGUAACAUUCAAAGCAGAGAAUACUAAAUACACUGGAAGAAUAUUGGAGGUCAUCACAGAUGAAGAUAGUGAUACCUCUUCAUCAUCCUAUUCAUCGUCAUCUUCAUACACUUCAUCGUCAUCCUAUUCAGAUUCAAGCAGUGACACUGAACAUAAAGAUAAAAAGAAAAAUGAUAAAGAUAAUAAAGAUAAUAAUACCGACAACAAACAUAAAGAUAAAUCUACAGAUAAAGAGAAAGAUAAAGACAGUAAUAAGGAUAAUGAGAAAGAGAAAGAGAAAGAGAAAGAGAAGAGUAAAGAUAAAGAAUCAAAGGAUAAAAAUAAUAAUACAACAACUACCACUACAACAACUACUACUACUUCAUCAUCAUCAUCGACAACAAAUGGAAAUACAAAGAAAGAAAAUGGAACAUCGACAACAUCAUCAUCAUCAUCGAAAUAUAGUGAUAGUGAAAGCGAUAGUGAUUCAUCAUAUACAAGUAGUUCAUCAAUAGAUGAAUCAAAGACGAAAUACUUGAUUCUAGUCGAAGGAAAAGGAACUAAAAAGUUAACUGUUCAUAUUAAAGAUAUUAUGUAA